UAAGCUAACAUUCAUCAUCAAAACACUGCACAUACAAUCCCCGUUAAGUUCACCAACUUCUCAGUUGUUAAUUUGUCGUAAAUUAUCAUGGCACCUCAUGGAGACGCCAUUGUUACCUCUUACAAUCACCCACAUGCAUUCAACAAGCCACCAAGACUUGCAUCUGAAGGACUCAAACGCACUAUGUCAGACAUGUCAUUUGAGUUGAGCAAAGAAGCCAUUGAUAUCAAGUCCUUGACCACAAUCUCCGAGGUGGUGGAUGCCAAGUGUGAAUGUUGUGGUAUGAUUGAAGAGUGCACGCCAGAGUACAUGGAAAAGGUGCACAACAGGUAUUAUGGUAAGUGGAUAUGUGGGUUGUGUUCAGAAGCAGUGAAGGAAGAGAUGGAGAAAAAUGGAGGGAACAAAGAAGAGGCCUUGAGUAGUCAUAUGAAUACAUGUGUUCGCUUCAAUAAACGCGAUAGGGCUUACCCGGUUCUGUGUCAAGCUGAGGCCAUGAGAGACCUGUUGAAGAAGACUAGACUUAGAGGUAAAUCUUUAAGUCCGAGAGACCAUGUGAAAAAGGGUGGAAUCGCAAGGAGUUCAAGCUGCAUUCCUGCCAUUACUAAGGAGAUCAAUGGCGUCAACACUCAAUAAGCUUUAGGGUUUCAUUUGCUUUGUAUCAAGCAAGUCCAAAUAUUUAUAGGAUUUGUUAUAGUAUUAGUAUUAAUUCGUACUCCUAUAACUUAACUAGGCACGAGUCAUGCAGGCACGGGACUGAACACAACACAAAAAUGUCCCAAAAGGGUUUCUAAUUUGUAGUUGUAAGUUUUGUUUUGAACCCAACACAUCCAACCAACAUAUCUUGACCUGGCUCUAGGGUUUUUUCGGGUGUUGGUUGUUUUUCGAAGGGUUUUGGUGUUUGGUCGUCCAUUAUUUUCAAAUUGUAACUAUAAUUUUAUUGUAUUGAAAGUCAUUGUAUUAUGAGUGUUGAUUAAUCCUUGUUAA